AUGAAUAGCUCAUGCGAGGAAGACGAGUAUCGAUUUUUCGAUGCUCCCGAUAGCAUUGGCUCAGUCGACUCGCUGCCUCAUCCUGUUUCUGAACCUGACGAGAUUAGCCAUGGGGGUGAUGAUGACGACGACUCUGUGCCUAAUGAUUUCCAAUAUGAUAUAUGGGCCAAUGCUCCUACAAGUGUUCUCCAACGAAAGCACACUUUCCUUCGAUUAAUGGGUUUAAGCUCCGAGGAAGACGAUCAUAUUCUAUGUAAUGAUACGGUUGACGACGAUGUGGUGAUACGGGAAAUCGAAAUCGACGAUAGAAUUAUGCAGACCAGUGGAGCCGUGCUGAGAACCCCCAUUGUAGAAGAUGAUGAACAACAAGAAAAAGAAGAAUCUCCGGUUAGUUCCUCUAAUUCAGUCUGGUGCGACGAUGCCACAUGUUCUUCGUCUACAAUUUCCAGAAUUGAAGAAUCUAAUGGCGGUGGGGAGUGCAAGGAAGAAGAAGAAGAAAUUGGAGGGAAGUUAUUGGCGACAACAGAUAUCAUACCAGCUCCGGUCGUUCAGAAUUUGACAGAUAGGCUUAAGGUCGCCGGGACAAUGGUGAAGACGAUGAACAGAGUAAAAGGUCAUUUUUUUGGUAGGUUACGGUCAAUGACGACGCGUAGGUCUGAUAGUUUGGCACUUAUGCCACCACCUCCGCCACCACCGGAGCCCCAGUGGGGGAAAGUUCAGAGAGUCAGAGUUCGUCAAAAUAAGAAGAGAUUAAAGGAACUAUCGGCUGUAUUUAUCGGGCAAGAUAUUCAAGCUCACGAAGGUUCAAUUUUAACCAUGAAAUUUAGUCUUGAUGGGCGUUAUCUUGCUAGUGCUGGAGAAGAUAUGGUGGUCCGUGUUUGGCAAGUUGUUGAAGAUGAAAGAUCCGAUGAAAUUGAUAUUCCAGAUGUUGACUCCUCUUGUUUAUACUUCACUGUGAAUAAUCUUUCAGAAUUGACACCAUUAACGGCGGACAACGAGAAAGAGAAGGAGAAACAGAAACUUAGCAGGAUGAAGAGUAUGAGAAAAAGUAAAAACUUAGCCUGUGUCAUCUUUCCUCCUAAAAUUUUCCGGAUACUAGAGAAACCAGUCCAUGAGUUCCAUGGACACACCGGCCAUGUCCUCGAUCUCUCAUGGUCCAACAAUAACUUUCUUCUAUCGUCAUCGGUUGAUGAAACAGUUCGAUUGUGGAGAGUUGGAAGCGAUCAAUGCCUUCGAGUCUUCCCGCAUAGCAACUAUGUGACAUGUGUGGAAUUUCAGCCUUCGAAUCAAAAUUAUUUUAUAAGCGGUUCAAUCGAUGGAAAAGUCCGAAUGUGGUCAGUUUCUAAAUGCCAGGUGGUCGAUUGGAUAGAUUUACGUGAAAUAGUCACGGCUGUGGCUUACACUCCCGAUGGAAAGGGUGGCGUCAUCGGAUCCAUGAACGGUUGUUGUAGUUUCUUCAGCUUACCAGAAAAUCAGUUUCAAAUGGAAGAAUCGGUUUACCUUAAUAGUAAAAAGAAGUCACAGAGGAUAAUCGGUUUCCAGUAUUACCCACAAGAUCCAAGUAAACUUAUGGUGAUUUGUGCGGAUUCCCAAGUCAGAAUCCUCAACGGCAUCAACGUGGUUGGGAAAUUUAAAGGUCAAAGGACAUCUACAAAUCCGAUUUGUGCAACCUUCACGUCAGAUGGGAAACACAUUGUUUCAUCAAACGAGGAUUCAAAUGUAUAUAUUUGGAACUGCUAUGAUCAAAAAGGACUUUCGUUUGACCAAAAUAAGACUGUCACAUCCUACGAAUGUUUCUCUGCUAACGCCUCGGUUGCAGUCCCGUGGUCUGGUUUUGUGGGCGGUGGAGGGGAGGUGGAGGAUGGGUGGUGCCGCUCAUUGCCGCCAUGUUACUUCUCCCAGUACUUUACAGAGUCGAUACCAAAAGCUUCUGCGACAUGGCCAGAAGAAAAACUUCUGGCAUCCGGUCCUAGUCAGCCACCUCCACCUGGCAUUUCAAAGUCACUGUCAAAGUCACUGUCAAUGUCCAUGUCCUUGUCAACUCCGUUACGUAAAUCUGAUAAAAAAUUUGUCCGAUCGUCGUCUUCUUGCUCGUAUAAUUGUCACACAUGGGGUCUUGUGAUCGUGACAGCUGGAUGGGAUGGACGGAUCAGAUCGUUUCUCAACCACGGGCUACCAGCUACUGUUUGAGAUUUUUUUUUUUUUUAAAAAAAAAAAACGGAAAAGGUUAAAGUCUUGGUGAAAUGAACAUAACAAGACCAUCAGUUUAAUCAUGGGGUACAAAGAAAACAGCCAAUCCUGCCUUAUUUGAUUUGGGGGAUUCUCUGAAUCAAGGCUUAUUCGAGAAAAUCAUGUGUUCUGGCCCCGGGUAGAGGUGGAGUCAUCCGGGCAGGUGGGGGCCUGUAUCCGGGCAGCAGGUACGGAAACAGGAAGGGGUUGGUUGUGACUUUUUAGGGAGGGCUAGAGAAGCAGUGAUGAAUGAUUGAGUACAGAGUGGGGUCAAAAUGGGCAGAAAUGGCGUUUUAUGUGCUUGUAUGGCUUUUACUUUUGGUCCAAGCUUUCUUCUGAUAAAAAUGGGGGGUAAAAAGCAAAAUAUGUUCGUUCAUGACUUUAUUAGUGGGAGAUUGAGGGGUG